CUUCUUCAACCUCCGUCACCCUCAGUGCGCACAAAGCAAAACGUAUUCUGCCCACAGAGAGAGAGAGAGAGAGAGGGAGAGAAUGGCGAAGGCAGUGAGAGGAGUGAUCCUCGACGAGUCGGUGCUGUCGGCCGCGAUCGGAGAUGGCUGCUCGCUGCAACCGGACGCCGACCCUCUUCUCCGCAGGCUUCGCCACUCUCGGAUCCCCACGGGAAUCUUGAACGAGGACGAUGCGUCGGCUGAGAAGGUGGGUCUUUUGAAAAAGCUGGCAACAACAUACUCCUUCAAUUACUUUAGCUUCAAUCCUUUCUCCAUAGAUGAAGCCACACAUGAUAUUCGUGAAGCUUGGGGGGAAACUGAAGGGCAUAUUCUGUACGUAGUCUCUGAGACUAAGAAGGAAGCCUGCGUUAGAUUGAGAAGCUGCAGUUGGUUGACCACUGUUGUCAAACUCAAUAGCGGCAGUAAGUGUGAGGAUUGGGGCUUGCACAUUGACAUGCUUGGAGAACUCCCUUUGACUAUAUGCAACUUAGUUAAAAAGGAAGGUGGGAAUGAUGUCCUGAAAGUUGGUUACAUCAUGAAGCCAUCACGUGAAGAAAACUUUGCUAAGAGAGGGGCAUUCCCAAUGCGUCCUACUCAAAAUGGCCUGUGUUUUGUGCCUCUCAUCUUCAAACUCCCACUAGCUUCUCAAUUAAAAGGAAUCGACUUGGUUCUUCAUAAAGCUACUGACGAAAUAGUAUCCUUCAACUUUAACAGCUCCUCAGAACUAACUGAAAGAGUUACAUUUAGUGAAGGCAUGCAAGAACUGAAAAGGUACUUGGAGCAUAAUCCACAGUGUUGUGUCAUUGAUCCAUUUGAUAAAGUUUACCCUGUAUUGGAUCGACUGGAGAUUCAAAACUUACUAUGUGGACUACGGGAUCUGAGCAUGAAGGACAGUUGUAAAAUCAGGGGUCCCCAUCAUCUCAAGGUUGAUACUUUCAAUGAGCCUGAAUUAAUAACAAGACUUUCAGAAGCAAAGCUAUCUCCUCUCAUAGUAAAGCCACAAGUUGCCUGUGGAGUAGCUGAUGCGCAUAGUAUGGCAAUUGUUUUCAAGGUGGAGGAUUUCAAAGAUCUGAAAGUUCCAGUUCCAGCAAUCAUUCAGGAGUACGUUGAUCAUUCUUCUACCUUGUAUAAAUUUUAUGUCCUGGGAGAUAAAUUUUUCCAUGCUGUUAAAACAUCUAUCCCAAAUGGUGAUACGCUGAUGAAAUUACCUGGAAGAAACGGACAACAACCUCUACUCUUUGACAGUUUGAAAUCUCUGCCCACUGCCACGAACUCUCAGUCUGGUGGAGAUGAUGGCUCUAUUGCCAAGACUUCUGCUGCAUCUCUCAAUAUUGAUCUGGUCAAUGAUGCUGCAAACUGGCUUUCCAAAAGGCUUGGCCUGACCGUCUUUGGUUUUGAUGUUGUCGUUCAGGAUGAAACUCGGGAUCAUGUAAUCGUAGAUGUGAACUAUCUCCCGUCGUUCAAGGAGGUGUCUGAUGACAUCGCAAUACCUGCAUUUUGGCGUGCUAUUAGAAGGAGCUACGAACUGAGGAGGACGAACUGAUAAGAAGGCGGUUUGCCAUGUCGAUUUCCACCUGCAAUUUUUUUGAUCUCGACUAACUUUAUCGAAAGGCCUAAAGAGGAUAAUUUUGGAGAUGAGGCAUUUCAUAUGGCAUGCUUUUUCGUUUCUGUGCAUGGUCUGUCCAUGAAAAAUAUCACUCUGCCUGUUCUCCCAACUGGCUUCUCAGAAAUUUAUAUAAAAUGUGCAAUGAUAGAAUUGUGACUUCUAUAACGA